AGGACAACCAAGAUGCCUUCAGCAUUGAGGAGAAAGUUCUUCUCAUCUUCAAUUGACCCGCAAGAGGGCAGCUCCAGCUCUGCUUCUACUUCGGAGUUAGGAACCGCAGAAAUGCAUCUCCAGGAUCCGGAAAGAUAUGCCUCCCAUGGAGAAUCAAAGCUUGCACAGCAUGAAGUGACAGCCGACCAGGCCAGCGAAGAGGUUCCUAACGAGGAUGCCCAAGCUGGUGUCACACAAGCCGAGGCCAUCACACUGUCGUGGACCAAGAGCUCUAUGAUCGCGACAUAUGCACUGAUGUGGUCUAUCUACUGCGUAAACGCUUUCCAAUCCAACAUCACUAACAACCUCUCGCCAUUCAUCACCUCUGGCUUCGAAGCGCAUUCCUUGCUCCCCGUCAUUUCCAUCAUCUCCUCCAUCAUGGGAGCCGCGACGUACAUGCCUCUUGCCAAGGUGCUCAACUUGUGGGAUCGUACCGUUGGUCUUUUGAUCAUGCUUGUGUUCUUCCUUCUUGGAUUGAUCUUGUCAGCAACUUCCAAUGGCAUUGGAACUUACUGCGCAGCUCAGGUCUUCUAUGCCAUUGGAUCUGCUGGUCUCAUCUUCUGUGUCGAUGUUGUCACCAUUGAUACUUCGACACUGCGCAGCAGAGGUCUGGCAUAUGCCCUCACUUCAUCGCCAUUCAUCAUCACUGCCUACGCCGGUCCUGCAGCUGCCCAGCAAUUUCACGAGACCAACUGGCGCUGGGGAUACGGAACAUUCUGUAUCGUUCUUCCUUGCGUUGUCCUCCCUUUCUUCGGUCUGCUGCGCUACUUCCGCUCCAAGGCCAAGAAGAAUGGACUACUCAAGCCAAAGGCCGCAAGUGGCAGAACUUUCAAGCAGAGUGUUUGGUACUAUGUCAUCGAGUUCGAUGUGCUUGGUGUCUUUCUUUUGACUGCUGGUCUCGCCCUCUUCCUGCUGCCAUUUACCAUUGCAGGUUCAGCUGAAGAUGACUGGAAGACCCCUCACAUCAUCGUCAUGCUUGUUAUCGGAUUCUGCUGCUUGAUUGCCUUUGCUUUGGCAGAGCGCUUCCUCGCCCCUGUUCCUUUCCUUCCUUGGGAGCUUCUUGCCAACAGAACCGUCAUUGGCGCCUGCUUGAUCGACGCUACCUACCAGAUUUCUUACUACUGCUGGUACGACUUCUUCACUUCUUACCUCCAGGUAGUGUUCGGAACAAGUGUUAGCACUGCCGGUUACAUUGGCAGCAUCUUCGACGUCGUUUCUGGUGUAUGGCUCUUCUGUGUUGGUUUCGCAAUCAAGGGCACUAAUCGUUUCCGUUGGUUGCUCUGGGUUGCCGUCCCUCUUUACAUCCUCGGCAUUGGUUUGAUGAUCUACUUCCGCCAGCCUGGCUUCUCUGUCGGUUACACAAUCAUGUGCCAAGUGUUCAUCGCUUUCGCUGGUGGUACCAUGAUCAUUUGCCAACAGGUUGCUGUUCUUUCUGCAUCUGACCACAACAAUGCUGCUGCUGCACUCGCUUUCCUCAACGUCUUUGGUAACAUUGGUGGUGGUAUCGGUGGCAGUAUCUCUGGUGCUGUGUGGCAACACACUUUGCCCAAUGCUCUGCAGAAGUACCUCCCUGCUGAGGCACUCCCUGACUGGGAGACCAUCUACGAGGAUCUGGAAACCCAACUCAGCUACCCCAUGGGUGAUCCUAUCCGCGAUGCCAUCAUCAAAGCCUACGCAGUUGCUCAAAGCAGAAUGUUGAUUGCCGGCACUUGCAUCAUGGCAACCUCUCUUGUUUGGAUGUUCAUCAUCAAGGACGUCAAGCUUACAAAGACUCAGACCAAGGGUGUCUUGUUCUGA